AUGGAGACGCCCAAGACGACGCUGCCGGUGCCGGAGCCGACGACGGAGGCGUUCUGGCGCACGCAGCUACACGAGCUCGACAGCUACCGGACGACGGCCGUGCUGCCGGGCACGGUCGACGUAGCCGUGAUCGGGGCCGGUUUUGCCGGCGUGACGGCCGCCUACCACAUGUACCACGGGGCGGGUACGGCACCGGCGUCGGUGCUGAUGCUGGAGGCGCGGGGGGCGUGUUCGGGGGCGACAGGACGGAAUGGCGGCCAGCUCAAGGCCGACACCUACUUCAAGAUCCUGCCGUACACGCGCAAGUUUGGGGCGGCGCAGGCGGCGGCCGUGGCCCGGUUUGAGACCGACAACGUGAUGGCGGUCAAGGCGCUGGUCGAGGCCGAGAACAUCGACUGCGAUCUCGUGCUGACACGCGCCCUCGACGUGUACACGGACGCGGCCCAGGCCGACGAGGUCGAGGCCGGCUACCGCGAGCUGGUGCGCAUCGGGGUCGCCGACCUGGCCGACGUCCAGCUGCUGCGCGGUGCCGCUGCCGAGGCCGCCUCGGGCAUCCACGGCGCCAAGGCUGUCGUCUCGCUGACGGCCGGCCAUCUGUGGCCCUACAAGAUGGUGAUGCAUCUGCUGUCGGGGAUGGUCCAGAACGAGGUGCAGACCGGCUUCAACCUGCAGACGAACACGCCCGUGACAGCGGUGGAGGCAGCCGACCUCGGCUCCGACGACGACACCCCCCCCUGGAUCCUCACCACCCCGCGCGGUCGUGUCCGCGCUCGCCAGGUGCUCUUCGCCACCAACGGCUACACGGCCGCCAUCGCACCCCAGUUCCAUGCCCGCAUCGUGCCGGUUCGCGGCAUCUGCAGCCACAUCGCCGUGGCCGACCCGGACAAUCGUCGCCGUGAGCGCGCCGCCCGUCCUCCCCUCGCAAACUCGUACAGCUUGCGCUAUGGUCCCGGACUGGCCGACUACCUGAUCCCGCGGCUCGACGGGUCCAUCGUCGUCGGUGGCGCCAAGGGCGCCUUCUGGCACGACCGGUCGCAGUGGUACGGCGUCACGGACGACACGCGCCUCAUCGAACCCGCCGCCGACUACUUUGAUGGCCUCAUGCAGCGCCACUUUCGCGGCUGGGAACAGUCCGCCGCCUCCACCGACCACGUCUGGACCGGCAUCAUGGGCUGGACCGCUGACUUCAUGCCCUACGUCGGCCCUGUUCCCGGUCGUCCCGGUCAGUUCAUCUGUGCCGGCUUCAGCGGCCACGGCAUGCCCCAGGUCCUGCUCUCUAGCAAGGCCGUCGUCGCCAUGAUGGCCGGCUCCCCCUACGACCACACCGGCCUGCCGCCUCCGUUCGAGCCGACCGAGGCCCGCCUGGCCAGCGAGAAGAACGAGCUGCUGGAUCUGUAG